GUUACAACUCAGGGCCGUAAUCAUGGCGACCAGAGCCUUCUUUGACCCGAUCGCCGCAUUGCGGGCAGCGCCGUUGCUCACAUCGACUUGCACGCUCUGGUGGGCAAUGGACGAGCACUUUUUCCUCAGCAUCUUCAACACGCCCGAGAUCCGCAGCAAGAGCAAUGAACUGCUGCCAACCUAUUUCAAGGAAUUCUUCGAAGGCGGAUUGAACCGCACACUUGCCCUCCUGACUCUCACCAUCUCAUCCACCAUGGCUACCUGUUUCGUAAACCACGGCUAUCACUGGGCCAACAAGUCUCUGCGGUGGUACACAGCCGGAAUGGUAUUGACAGCCGGGCAUCUCGCCUUUGUGCCGGCCAUUGCACCCAAGAUCAAGGCCAUUGUCGAGGACACUUCCAAGGGCGAGAGCACCAAGGAUCUGGAGAGCUGGUUGAGCGUCCACACGAUCCGGACCUUGACGGUUGAUUUGGCGGCGUGGGUGUGCUUUGUCAUUGGCACUGCGCGCGAGAUUCAGGGCGACUGGGAUUAAAAGUUUGAAGUUGGGGAUUUAUCGUGUACUUUUCCUGGUGUUUGCUGGUAUUUUUUGUUGGCAGAGGUUGAUUGAUUGGUUUCGAUGAGAAGACACCCAACAGAUUGAUACGCAUGACACCAUGUAUUUUUACUGGCAGCUGGCAUUUUGAUAGGCCCCAAAGGGUUAAAAAAAGGCUUUAAGAUUCGUAUUUUUAGCUAGCGUUCUUUCACGUGCAAUUGAUAUGUUCUCGCUUGA